UUCUUUUGUUUUUCCCUCGAAAGAGGUUAGAGUAGGAUGCGCGGCCAAUAUGGCGGACUGGGCGCAUGUGCAGUGGCGGCUACAGUUCUCUUUCUAGCCACUGCCACCGCCCAACAGGACUACUAUGAGGUCGACCCCGACACAGCCGAACUCUUAGACGCUCUCCAGCCGCAAUAUGAACCAGAGUCCGACCUAGACUUUGGCUACGGGAAGCGCCGCAGUGACUACGCCUUCGGCCUCGGAAAACGUACCCCCAGCUAUGCUUUCGGACUGGGCAAACGCCAGAAUAUGUACUCCUUUGGCCUUGGCAAGCGUUCAGAUGGCUUCAGCCUCGGCUUUGGCAAGAAAUCUGGCCACUAUAACUUCGGUCUCGGAAAAAGAAGUGUCGAGGGCCAGAUGGAGCCUCCGGAAACCUCGGUGGUGGAAGAGGCUGAGGAUACGGAUAAGAUGAGAAAGAAGAGAGAGGCGGAUGUGAACGAAGAGUCGGCGCACGAGAAGGACAAGAGGGCGAGUCAGUACACCUUCGGACUGGGCAAGAGGCCAGACGCCGAAGAGAGCAACAAGAGGGACAGGCUAUAUGCCUUCGGUCUAGGCAAGCGUGUCUCGGAGGACAAAAGAGACCGAACUUACUCCUUCGGGUUGGGCAAGAGGGACAAUGACCUCGAGAAACGACAGCGCGACUAUGCCUUUGGACUUGGGAAGCGAGACCUUGAUGAUGAUAUGGACAAGAGGGCUAACCAAUACGCAUUCGGACUCGGCAAGCGGGCGAACGAAGACGAGGACGCAGCCAGCCUUUUUGCAUUCGGACUCGGCAAGCGGCCUUCGGCUUACAGCUUUGGCCUCGGCAAGCGGAGCGACGGCGACGACGAAGAGUACGACUCCUACGUGUUCGGUGAUGACGACCAGGAAGGCCAGUCUGAGGAAUACGACGACGAAGACGCGAAGAGGUCCGUCGCUUAUGGCUUUGGCUUGGGUAAGAGGAACGAAGUCCCCGAUCCUGAAACGGAGAGAAAUUCUUAUGACUUUGGUCUUGGGAAGAAAUCAGGCCACUAUGCUUUCGGUCUUGGCAAGAGAGGAGGACCUUAUGAAUUUGGUUUGGGAAAGAGGGCAGGACCAUACGAAUUUGGUCUUGGAAAAAGGGCUGGCCCUUACGAAUUUGGUCUGGGUAAGCGUGCAAGCCCUUACGAAUUUGGUCUUGGAAAGAGAGCCGGACCUUACGAAUUCGGUCUAGGAAAGAGAGCAGGACCCUAUGAAUUCGGUCUCGGAAAAAGAGCAGGACCUUACGAAUUCGGUCUCGGCAAAAGGGCCGGUCCUUACGAAUUUGGGCUUGGUAAGAGAGCAAGUCCCUAUGAAUUUGGUCUGGGAAAGAGAGUAGGAGCUUAUGAAUUUGGACUCGGCAAGAGAGCAGGACCAUAUGAAUUCGGUCUCGGAAAACGUGCUGGGCCUUAUGAAUUCGGUCUUGGCAAGAGAGCAGGACCUUACGAGUUCGGUCUCGGUAAGCGCGCGGGACCCUAUGAAUUUGGUCUCGGCAAACGAGCGGGCCCUUAUGAGUUCGGCCUGGGCAAGAGGGCGGGCCCCUAUGAGUUCGGUCUGGGCAAGCGGGACGACUGGUACGACAUCGGCAAGAAGGCGGGCCACUACUCCUUCGGGCUGGGCAAGCGGAGCGGCCAGUCGCCCUACGGCUUCGGCAAGAAAGCUGGCCACUACUCCUUCGGGCUGGGCAAGCGCUCCGCCGGGCCCUACGCUUUCGGGCUGGGCAAGAGAGAUGCGAGAGGCGCCCUGGACCUCGAUCAGUCACCAGCAUACGCCUCCGACCUGGGCAAGAGGAUAGGCUCGGCGUACAGCUUCGGGCUCGGCAAACGCGGCUCCAGCGACCUCACCGCCGAGCACGAAGAGGGAGCGGACGGACAAGAAACGGAAGAUCAAUCAUCGUCUUAAACAUACUCUCUAGGCCUACUCAAAAGACAAAUUUAACAAAAAAAAAAUGAGAUAUAUAAAAAAAUAUAUAUAUAUAAUAAACUAAUACGAGUUACCAGUGACGCGCUUCGCUCUACAUACUCCCCCCUGCUCCCGCUCCUACUCCUGCUUCCGCUCAGAUACCUAAGUCUACAACCGAUGCUUCUUCAGGUUUACGAAUACAGUUUCAGCACACGAUCGGUUCAGCCAAGAUGGGAUUCGAACGCCACAGUUUCAGUGAGGCCAACUUACCGACCAGCCGAGUCGGGUGAUACUUCCCUCUUGCACUUGAGUACGGUGGAAAGUGGAAAGGAAUACACCGGUUUGAGAAACAGCGGGAUGAGUGAAGGAUGUUUGAGAGAGAGAGAGCAUUAGAUUCUGUUCACUUUCGUUUACUUUUGCUGGGACUUACUCUUGUGUUUAUCUCUUAAAUGAUUUGUGAAAACACUUUUGUGAAAGAGGAGAAUUCUCACAUACAUUUAAAUAUGCACAUCUUAUCUGUGACAUACAAAUUUGUGAUGAUAAGUUUCGAUUGUUUUUGCAAGAUCAGUAUUAUUAUAUUAUUUCAUCAAAGGUUUCAGAAGGACUGAAAGAGAGAGAGAGAAAGUGAGUGAAUGUGAGAAAGGCCGACAUACAGAAAAACGGACAGACUUAAGACACAGGAGAAAAACAAAGAAGACCACAAGAGAGAGAGAGCAAGAAAGAAUGAGGCUGGGUCACCAUUAUUUUUCUUCGUACAGCCUGUAUGUAGAAGGAAUAGAAAUCUUAAGACAUCCUUCACUCUCUCCGCUGGAUAAAUCAUUUCCAUCCGACGUUCAUUUCCACACUGAAGACUAACUGUUCUUCCACCUUUUUUUUUAAACACUGCGAAAUGAAAUGAGGAAAUGAAGUCCGUGCUUGAGAAUGUGCAUGACAUCGCGAGUAAAGUUAUACAACUGUUUUUUUUUUCUUUCUAUAACCCGGAGCACUUCUAUUAUUGCAGUUGUUGAGGUUAUAGUAUACUUACAUGAAUAUGAAAUAUAUAUAAAUGUUUGUCUAUGUAUAAGAUUAGAGAUUAAAGAUAAAGCACUCGCGAUACUAUGGAAUAAAGAAAAGAACUCGCGAAACUGUGGACAUAGAAGCUUAGUAACUUCAGAACUUCAGAACUUUUUCAAGCUGUUACUCUACUUCGAGGACAAGAUGGCGCUGUUGCUGUUGUUGCCACGGCUUCUUCCCUCUUCCUUUUUUUAUUAUUAUUCAAGAGCGCCGGCGAUGUUAACCAGACAAGCAAGGUAUCCAUCAAAAAAAAGAGAGAAAACGAGAGAGCGCUACAUAUAUAUAUAUAUAACGAGUAUCGAGAGCGGUGAGGCGUGCCCCCUUUAACCCCAAGCACCCGAGUCUUACCCACCGUUAUCUCCUCAAUUCCCUACCUUGCCUUUAACCCCAUACCCCCCCAUACCCAUAACCGCAAAACCCUUCUGCACCCCACCCCGCCCCCAAUCCAUUAACUUCUACUAAUCCCUCUCUUGCCCACGACAGAGAUCAGUGCUAAUCUCCUUCGACCCAAAUCUAUUGUAAUGUUCUAUAUUCCAAACCCCCGAUGUAUAUCAAAAUAAGAUACUGAAGCUAUUUAUUUUCUAUAUUUUUCCUCUGUUUUAUAAUAUAUGUUUGAUUAAACUAUUGGUUAUCAUUACCCAUUAGUAAAUCUUCGCCAAAUUGUGAAA